AGGUUCGUUCGUAAUAUAACAAGAAACUCUAAACGAAUUACGAUGGACACGAAUAAAUUAUAUAUUCGCAAUUUAAAAAAUACAGAUGAGAUAAAUAUUAAAUUUCGUUAUGUUAACAAAGAACUUAACGUGGAUAGAGAUUUUAGCUUCUGUCGAAAAAAGUAUGAGCCGGUUUUUUUUUUUUUUAAACUCCUCGUCCGCAUUCAAAACAAUGUCGAAAAAGAAAUUGACAAAUGUGUAAAUAAACGCAGCAAACGUCGCUCAACUGCUGAGCAAAUUUCAAAGGCACUACCAGAGGAUGAAUGUAAUAUCAGCUCUAAUGAGAUGACACUGGAUGAGCUCCUUCAAAAUAAUUUUUCUGGUGUAAAACUUCUUGUGAUAGAUCAAAUCUUUGAUUUCGUGUUAAACCAACCAUGGGUAGAUCUCCUGCAACUCCCAAAGUGCAUGUUAGCAGGCUGCCUGAUCUACCCAAAUAAAUUUCAAAUACAGUUUGCUGCUCCUGAGCAUUGCUCCGGCAUUUGGUUCAAAUCAACACAGCUAGAAGCUAUAUCGACGAAGUGGGAGAAAUGCGGCGAAGGUCUGACUUAUCAGGUAGCACAAGAAGACGUUGGACACUAUAUGAAGUUAGCUGUUACUCCACGAAACAAAGAAGGAAUAAGCGGACCUAUGGCAGAAGAUAUCUCAAAAUGUGUAGUACAGGCCUUGCCAGAUGAAUUGCCGUUUCAAAUACGCCACCAACACACCGUGAACUUACUAAGUGAACCUAGCAGUAUUCGGGUGGUUACCUAUAAUAUAUUGGCCGACUUGUAUGCAGACAGCGACUACUCUCGUCAAACCCUCUUUCCCUAUUGUCCACCGCAAUCACUGCAAAUUGACUACAGAAAACAACUCUUAAUAAGAGAACUAACAGGGUACAACGCUGAUUUAAUUUGCCUUCAAGAAGUAGACCAAAAGAUUUUCGACGUCGAUUUGAAGAAUGUACUGGAAAUGCCACCUCACAAUUUUUAUGGAAUGAUGGCACCAAAAGGCAUAUGCAGUGAAGGUGUUUCAGUUUUCUUUCGUAGAUCGCGUUUCGAUUUGUUGGCAUCUCAUGUGCUGCAUCUAGGCAAAAACGUACCUUCUUUGUCUAUUUUCGAACCUCUUUGGAACAAAAUUAAAGCCAAUGAGCAACUAGCAGUACGCAUUUGUAAUCGAUCAACAACGCUACAGAUAUGUUUGCUUAAAGUUAAGGAAACGGAUAAGUACGUGCUGGUGGCCAACACACAUUUAUAUUUCCACCCGGACGCAGACCAUAUCCGGUUGUUGCAAAUCGGGUUUGCUCUGACUUACGUAGAGCACAUACACAAAGAGGCUGUGAAGGAACAUAACAUCACUGACCCACAAAAUAUUGGAUUGAUAUUUUGUGGGGACUUUAAUAGUGUUCCUGAAUGCGGAAUUUACAAGUUAAUGACCGAGCAGUUCGUAGAUAAACAUUCAAUUGAUUGGAGCAGCAAUCUUGAAGAAGCCGUUGUAGAUGUGGAGCUUGCGCAGCCUUUUAAAAUGUUCUCAGCCUGCGGGACACCUAAAUUUACAAACUUCACGACUCUCUUUUCUGGUUGCUUGGAUUAUAUUUUUUGCCAACAGGAUCGCUUUCAACUACUACAAAGUGUACCAUUGCCAACGGAUGAACAACUAACCGCUAAUACUGCUAUACCCUCUAUGUAUUUCCCAUCAGAUCACAUUGCUCUUAUAGCCGAUUUAAAGUUUACUCCCAUCAGUUAGACUUUUGAAAUUGUUUAAUACAUUGAUUUGUAUUUAAAACUGUUGGAGGAACUGUUUGAAUUACACCAUUAAACUUUUGAUAUAUGCAUUUGGUCAUGUCUCUUACGUCUAAAUCAAUAACUUCUCAACGAAUCAAGAGAUAUUCAAAUAAUAAAUUGCAUUUGAAAGACAA